GGGCUCCCCCCCGGUGCCCUCCAUGGACUGAGAUGGCUCGGAGCUGGCCAUGAGCGCGGAGCUGCCCACGAGCCCCCUGGCCAUCGAGUACGUGAACGACUUCGACCUGAUGAAGUUCGAGGUGAAGAAGGAGCCGGCGGAGGCGGAGCGGCUGUGCCACCGCCUGCCCGCCGGCUCCCUGUCGUCCACCCCGCUCAGCACGCCCUGCUCCUCCGUGCCUUCCUCGCCCAGCUUCUGCGCCCCCAGCCCCGGCGGGCAACCGGCCCCCGGCCCCCCGGCCGCCGCCGCCGCCGCUUCGCUGGGCUCCAAACAGCAGCUGGAGGAGCUGUACUGGAUGUCGGGUUACCAGCACCACCUGAACCCCGAAGCGCUCAACCUGACGCCGGAGGACGCGGUGGAGGCGCUGAUCGGCGCCCCGCACCACCACCACCAUCACCACCAGGGCUACGAGCCCUUCCGGCCUCAGCCCUUCGCGGGCGAGGAGAUGCCGCCGGCCGCCCACCACCACCCCGGCCACCACCACCACCACCACCUCCGCCUGGAGGAUCGCUUCUCCGACGACCAGCUGGUGAGUAUGUCGGUGCGGGAGCUCAACCGGCAGCUGCGGGGCUUCAGCAAGGAGGAGGUGAUCCGCCUCAAGCAGAAGAGGAGGACCUUGAAGAACCGCGGCUACGCUCAGUCCUGCCGCUACAAGCGGGUCCAGCAGCGGCACAUCCUGGAGAACGAGAAAUGCCAGCUGCAGAGCCAGGUGGAGCAGCUCAAGCAGGGGUGACCCGCCUGGCCAAGGAGAGGGAUCUGUACAAAGAGAAAUACGAGAAGUUGGCCGGCCGGGGCUUCCCGAGGGAACCGUCCCCAUCCUCCGCCGCCCCCCCCAAAGC